AUGCUACAAUACCACCACCAGGCCCCGGAUGAGUCGCCUGUCAAGAAGAAUAAUCCUAAUCGCAUCUCCCAAGCAACUAUGAACAGUGUUGGUUCUUCUUCGAGCAAUGGAGCUCUCAAACCACCGAGGACGGCAGGACCCCGUGCUGUCUCGCAAAACUCAUUGGGCGCUGAUCUUAGGGCAAGCACAUAUUCGCCUCUAUCUGCGGAUGACAGCCUGUCUGUAAGCGGCUCGCCUAGAGUAUAUGCUCGGAAUCAUGCUGGUAACCGACGUUCGCCUGACACCAGACCUAUGUCAUAUAUCGACUUGCUGAACGAAGUGCCCUAUUCGCAGCAAGUAGCGCCAGCUCCAACUAUGAACAACACCAGUCUUCAAUCCGCCAUUGGAAACAACGCUUCAUUGCUUGACAACAAGAAAACCCUCGACAUGUACCGUGCAAACGUCAAGAAGACUAACGAUCCCAGCAUUCAGUAUGAAUUUGCCAUCUUCAUGAUCAAUGCAGCCAGAGAUAAUGCUGAGGACAUGGAAUCGGCUGCAGAGUUGAUCAAGGAAGCCCGCGGAAUCCUCCAACGUCUCUCAGAUCGCGCCUAUCCUUUUGCGCAAUAUUAUCUUGCCGACGGUUAUUUCUCUGGGCUGUUCAACAAGGACAAGCCAGAUUAUGACAAGGCUCUGCCACUUUUUGUCGCGGCGAGUAAGCAUGGCCAUGCAGAAUCAGGAUAUCGUGCCGCAUUGUGCUACGAAUUUGGAUGGGGCUGCGCUAGAAACUACCCCAAGGCUGUGCAGUUCUUCCGUGCUGCUGCGUCAAAAGGUCAUCCAGGAGCAGCAAUAAGACUCGGCAAGGCUUGUCUCACUGGCGAUAUGGGGCUCGUAAACAGAUAUCGGGAGGGUGUCAAAUGGCUUAAACGUGCUACGGACUCUGCCGACUAUCAAUACAACAGCGGUCCCUACGAGCUUGGACUUUUGCACAUUACAGGUUUCGGCGAGGAUAUUUUCAAGGAUGAAGCAUACGCCGCCCAGCUGAUGACCAAAUCAGCAGAGUUGGGUCAUCCAGAAGCAAACUACCGUAUGGGACAAGCGUACGAGAACGGGACGUUCGGAUGUCCCAAGGAUGCUGCGUUGAGCGUUCACUUCUACAAUGGCGCAGCUUCAAAGGGAUUGCCUGAAGCUAUGAUGGCGUUAUGUGCCUGGUAUAUGGUUGGAGCCGAGCCCGUACUCGAAAAGGAUGAGGUUGAGGCUUACGAAUGGGCAAAGCAAGCUGCCGAAUUGGGACUUGCAAAGGCCGAGUAUGCCGUGGGUUACUUCACAGAGAUGGGUAUUGGUUGUCGUCGUGACCCCUUGGAAGCCAACGUGUGGUACGUUAGAGCUGCCGACAAGGGCAACGAGACUGCCAAACAACGACUUGAUAUUAUCCGAGCGGCAGCUUCUGGUGAUUCAGGGAUACCCAUGGCUAAGGGCAAGGCCAAAACGAAAGAACUCGGCGGGAGCAAAGAAAAGGAGUGUCUUGUCAUGUAA